AUGGCUACAACCGCUGCUGCUGCUGCAGCAGCAGCAGCAGCAAGUGCUGCUGCACCUGUAGAGCUGCCAGCAGCAGCAGCAGCCUUCCUCGAAGCAUUAAGGCAGACACCUGGCACUUCCUCAUCAAUUGAGGGACCCCUCGUGCCCUCCCUGCAGCAGCAGCAGCAGCAGCAGCAGCAGCAGCAGCAGCAGCAGCAGCAGCAGGAGGGGGCAUCCGAACCAGCAGCAAAGCGAGCCCGUAUAGACAGUCUAGACCAGAUAUUCCCUGCAGCACAUACCUGUGCUGCAGCAGCAGCACCAGCAGCAGGAGCAGCAGCAGCUGCUGCUGACGAUGCUGCUGCUGCUGCUGCUGCUGCUGCUGUAGGUACACUGCAAGGCCUUGGGGUCCCUAUGGAGGCGUUGAGGCAGCAGCAGCAAAAGACAACACAUUUAGGGUUUGCUGCUGCUGCUGCUGUUGAGGCAGCACUACAUAAAUUAGAGCAGCAAGUACAUAAAUGUGUCUCCCUUAGACAGAAACUACGCGUGCUGCAGCAGCAGCAGCAGCAGCAGCAGCAGCAACAGCAACAAAGCUCCGGAAGCGGAGAAGGCAGCGCAGCAAAGGAAAACCAAGGAAAGGGUGGGGGAUCAGACACCUCCACGGAUCCUCAAUCUGCAUGGACGGCUCUAGUUCGGGAGGCAUACCGCAGGACAACCAGCAGCAGCAGCAGCAGCAGCAACAGCAGCAGCAGCAGCAGCAGCAGCAGCAGCAAUGAGGAUAUAUAUAAGGUAGUAUUAGAUCUAAAUAAGGUGCAGCAGCACGAGAUUCCUGCUGCUAUGAUGGAGCUGCGUCGCUGCCAUAGAUUAAUGUGUCUGCAGCAGCAGCAGCAGGAGCAGCUUGUUGCUGUUGCUGCUAAACAAGGAUUUGCUGCUGCUGCAGCAGAAAGGGAAGCAAGCUAUCAAUAUGCCCUGCUAUGGGGCUGCGUGCUGCUGCUGCUGCGCCAUCCUGCUGCGCAUGCACGGGCCUUACUGGAGCAGCUGCAGGAGCAGGAGGAAUCCAUUAGCAGCAGCAGCAGCGACAGCAGCAGCAGCAGCAACAACACCAGCAGCAGCAGCAGCGAGUCAGCAGCAGCAGCAACAGCAGCAGAAGGGACAAAAGAAGAAGAAGAUCUAUCUCUUGCUGUUGCUCUUUAUAGACUUGCUGCUGCUGUGUCUUCUGAUGAUGUAACUGCAGCAGCAGCAAAAGCUGCUGCUUCUCCUUCUGCUGCAGCAGAAGCAGCAGCAGUAGCAGCAGCAGCAGCAGAAGCAGAGGAAGCAUUUCAUGAACGUCUUCUCUCUUUCCUUACGAAAGAACUGCAGCAAAGGCAGCAGCACAUUGCAUCUGUUGCUGCAGCAGAGAAGAGACGAAUGGCUGCAGAGAAGGAGAGGCAGCAAGCAGAAGGACGAUUGAAGGCACUGCAGCAAAAGCAGCAAGUGCUGCGCCGUAUUAUUAGUGAAUUUGCUGCUCUAUGUAAUGCAGCACCUACUCCUGCUGCUGCUGCUGCUGCUGCUGCUGCUGGCAGCAGCAACAACAACAACGGCAGCAGCAAUAGUAGUAUUAGCACCAACAGUAACGGUGACACAACUAAUACUACAAGCAGCAGCAGCAGCAACAGCAGCAGCAGCAGCAACAGCAGCAGCAGCACGUUGAAGCAGAAUUCUGCUGCUGAUAAAGAGCAGCAGCAAAGCUGA